GCCUCAGCCUCCCAAAGUGCUGGGAUUACAGGCGUGAGCCACUGCGCCCGGCUGGAAAUCCACAAUUUCAAUGGAUCAGAAUUUGCCUGUAACUUUCUCUGUGCCAGGCACGGAGCGGGGCGGGGGGUGGGGCGGCAGGGGUGGAACCCGGCACACGGGCCUCUGCCUCCUUGGCGCGCUGUAGGCGCGAGGCUAAAGUCGUCAGGCAACAGCCCCCGCCACGUUCCAGGGCGCCCCGACGGCUCCAGCAGCGGGUGGGGUGGGAGGCGUCCGGACAGUCCGGAGGCCCCGAUGGCCAAGAGGAGCCUGGGCUGGAGGGGGCCAGGCCCGGGGGCGGGCCCGGGACUGGGGCAGAGGCAGCGCGAGGCAGAGACAAGCACUCGGACGAAGGCGCAGCCCCAGCCCCGGGGUGCGGAAUGGGCACCUUCCGGGCCACUUGAGUCUGAUACCUUGCAGCCGGCUCGAAGGCGGGGCGCAGCAGUCCCUGCCAGCCAGCUUUCGGCGCGACGGCACGCGGGCGCCCCGGGUGUGCGGGCUUCAGGCCCUGCACUCUCACGCAUGCGCGGACCCCAGGCGUGGACUACAACUCCCGGGGUUCCCCACGCGCCUCCCGGAAGUGAUAGCCCGGGUCGCCUCCGACCUCGGCGCUGGGCUGGCGCGUCGGGCCUGGGGAAGGGGCUGGCGCGUCGGGCUUGGGGGAGGGGCGGGCGCGGGGACCCGAUGCGCGGAAGCGGAGGCCUAGAUGGCUUCGGCGGGAGGCGAAGACUGCGAGAGCCCCGCGCCGGAGGCCGACCGUCCGCACCAGCGGCCCUUCCUGAUAGGGGUGAGCGGCGGCACUGCCAGCGGGAAGUCGACCGUGUGUGAGAAGAUCAUGGAGUUGCUGGGACAGAACGAGGUGGAGCAGCGGCAGCGGAAGGUGGUCAUCCUGAGCCAGGACAGGUUCUACAAGGUCCUGACGGCAGAGCAGAAGGCCAAGGCCUUAAAAGGACAGUACAAUUUUGACCACCCAGAUGCCUUUGAUAAUGAUUUGAUGCACAGGACUCUGAAGAACAUUGUGGAGGGCAAAACUGUGGAGGUGCCGACCUAUGAUUUUGUGACGCACUCAAGGUUACCAGACACCACGGUGGUCUACCCUGCGGACGUGGUUCUGUUUGAGGGCAUCUUGGUGUUCUACAGCCAGGAGAUCCGGGACAUGUUCCACCUGCGCCUCUUCGUGGACACCGACUCCGACGUCAGGCUGUCUCGAAGAGUUCUCCGGGACGUGCGCCGAGGGAGGGACCUGGAGCAGAUUCUGACGCAGUACACCACCUUCGUGAAGCCGGCCUUCGAGGAGUUCUGCCUGCCGACAAAGAAGUAUGCCGACGUGAUCAUCCCGCGAGGAGUGGACAAUAUGGUUGCCAUCAACCUGAUCGUGCAGCACAUCCAGGACAUUCUGAAUGGUGACAUCUGCAAAUGGCACCGAGGAGGGUCCAAUGGGCGGAGCUACAAGCGGACCUUUUCUGAGCCAGGGGACCACCCUGGGAUGCUGACCUCUGGCAAACGGUCACACUUGGAGUCCAGCAGCAGACCCCACUGAGGGGCUGCCGAGCUUCGGGGUAGGUCUCCCGCCCGGCAUGUACCCACACCCACUGCUUCCUCUCAGCGCACCCAGGGGGGUGUUAGCAGCGAGUCCCUCCUCACUCAGGAGUGGAAACUCGGAUGUGUCACUCAGACUCAACUUGCUGGGACACUGACAGGCGUUCCUGAGGUUUUCAGCCACUUCCUCAGGCUCAUUGCGGUUUGAAGAGCUCUCUAGGUCACUGAGAAAUGCCACAGAAUGUGCAGGACGCCUGGGAGGCUUCUGUGAGGAACGUGAGGCACAUUAUUGGGGAAAUUGAGGAGACAGCCUGGACACUGUGGCUGGCCUGAUGUUUUCUUGACAGUGAACCCACAGGGGGGAGAGAGUUUUUUCCAAUCUGAUCUGGUUCUUACACACACACGUAACUCAAAAGUUUUGUGAACAAGUACUUUCCUUUUUUACAUGUUACAUGUCCUCAUGUUUUCUGUUUUGUUCUGUUUCAUAACACAAGGCUGGUUGUAGCCCACAAACCUAAUUUCAUGCCCCAGUGGUCCAGCGUGGCCUACACGGAUAUGGGGAGCCACUGAGGGAUGUUUUCCCUCCUUGCUUGUGCCUUAAAGGCAGAGAAGCGAGGCAGAUGCCCCGGGAGCACCCAGCAUCACACCCAGGCUUGUGCGGGGCCGGGCUGGGAGCCCGUGCAGCAGGGCAGAAGGCAGCGGGGGCCAGGUCUGUCCCGGCUGAAAACCAGUGUCCACGCACAGUCCUGGGUGGGGUCGGGCCCUCACUGACCCUCACAGGAGCCCCCAAGGUGCUGUCUAGACAGGCUGUCCCACCCCAGGGUGGCUAGUGGCCAUAUGCAGGGAAUGGUGCCUCUGGCUGUGGCACACACUAGAUCACCCAGGUCCCAGCAGACAUGGCAGGCCAAAGUCAGCGAGCCUCCUUUGUGCUAUGUGGAGCUCAAGGCCUCACGUGUAAACACCCAUGUCUGGGUUGCCUGGGGUGCUCCUCCCUCUCGCAUGGUGGCUGUCUCUGGAAAGCAUCUCUUGCCACUGCCACGGGUAGCCCCAGCCCCCGUCUGCCCAGGCUCACCCACAGUAGUGAUGCAGACAUGACGUGGGUGAAGGGGGCUGAGCCCUGUGGCUGGGUUCUGACAACUGUAACGGUUUUGUCGAGCUUAGGCCCCUUUGGAGGGAGAAUCAAUAAAUAACACCAACUA